AUGGCCACAGAACUUUGCCCCGUUUACGCGCCCUUCUUCGGUGCGCUGGGCUGCACGUCCGCCAUCGUCUUCACCUGCUUCGGCGCUGCCUAUGGUACUGCCAAGGCUGGUGUCGGUGUUUGCAGCAUGGGUGUCCUGCGCCCUGAUCUGAUCGUUAAGAACAUUGUCCCCAUUGUCAUGGCUGGUAUUAUUGGUAUUUACGGUCUGGUCGUGUCGGUCUUGGUCGCCAACGACCUGACCCAGAAGCUACCCCUGUACACUGGUUUCAUCCAGCUCGGCGCCGGUCUUUCUGUCGGUCUGGCUGGUCUUGCUGCUGGCUUCGCUAUUGGUAUUGUCGGUGACGCUGGUGUCCGUGGAACUGCUCAGCAACCUCGUCUUUACGUCGGAAUGAUUCUGAUUCUCAUUUUCGCUGAAGUCCUGGGUCUGUACGGUCUUAUUGUCGCUCUCCUCAUGAACUCCCGCUCUAAAGCUGUUUGCUAA